UUAUAAGUCCUUGGACAAAUCAAUUGAUCGGAAGUAGCUGUCAAUGUCGAAAGUGCGAAAUAGUGUUACUCAAGUACAUUUGUUAAACGAUACAGUGUUUCAUUUGGUAUGGUGAGGUCAAGGCUUGUUUGGAAGGACGAUUGCACGAGGUCAAGGUUUACAAGCGCAGAACCCUGAAAUCCUGAUCCGGCUGCGACCACGUCAAUCAUUUCUUUAUGUUUUUUCGCUAACACGUAUUUCUUCUGAUUUGUUUUUAUCGAUUGGCAACGGCGUUUCGAAUUCUACUCUUCCCUCGUGAAAUUUCACCAUCUUUCUCUAUACACCUAUAUAUAUUCUGUCGCAUUAAAAGAGCACGCCAUGGUUGUUGCGUUUGCGCAGAACUACCGAGCCAUUGAUUUCGCUUGUGUUAUAACGCGGUCGUGACAUGGGGUGAGUUUUCUAUCGAAAACUUUGCCAGUCUGCAAUUAAUUUUAACCUGUCGUCGUGUCGUUACCUGAUUCUUCGCGCGAAUAUUCCUCCCGUUAAUAAUAAUCGUAUGUGUAAUGCGUAAGAGUUUUUGAUAAUUCUCUCUUCUUGGUAAUUCACUUUUACUCGGUACAUUGGUGUCGCAUAGAAGAAGCGCCGCGGCAAUUGCGCCUGCGCGUAUAUAUUAAACCAUUGAUUUCUGUGGAUUUAACGUGGCCCUGACAUGGGCAAAAAAAUAGAAAAUAUUGGUAGAAUGACGGCCAUGACGCAGGAAGAAAUUAUGGCUGGUGCCAGAAUUGUAUCCCAGGGUCUGGAAGCCCUUCGUGUUGAACACGGGGGACUUCUACAAGCCCUACAGACCCAGGAUGCACCAGUCGCGAGAGACAAAGCUAGCUUGCUAUCGAAGAACAUUGAGAUGAUAGAGUUGGGCCUUGGUGAAGCACAGGUCAUGAUGGCACUUGCAAAUCAUUUACAAAUGGUAGAGGCUGAGAAACAAAAGCUUAGAACGCAAGUGAGAAGGUUGUGCCAAGAGAACGCCUGGUUAAGGGAUGAAUUGGCUGGAACGCAACAAAAAUUGCAAGCCAGUCAGCAAGCACUAGUUCAAUUGGAAGAACAGAAGAAACACCUAGAUUUCAUGGAAAGCAUGAAGCAGUAUGAUCCUGAUCCUUCUGCGGAUGAUGAAAAUGCAAAAGACCGGCCACCAGAUGAUCCUGUGGUUGAUCUAUUCCCCGAUGAUGAUGCGGACGACCGAAAUAGUAAGUCGAUAUUACCGACACCGCCUUCGCAAUUUGCACAACAAGUGAACGCUGGAUACGAGAUACCCGCGCGCUUGCGUACACUGCACAAUUUGGUUAUACAGUACGCCAGCCAAGGCCGUUACGAGGUGGCCGUUCCUCUCUGUAAACAGGCGCUGGAAGAUCUGGAAAAGACUUCUGGUCACGAUCAUCCUGACGUCGCUACGAUGUUGAAUAUCCUUGCUUUAGUAUAUAGGGAUCAAAAUAAAUAUAAAGAAGCAGCGAACUUGUUGAACGAUGCCUUGGCUAUUCGUGAAAAGACGCUCGGUGAAAAUCACCCUGCAGUCGCUGCCACGUUGAACAACUUGGCAGUUUUAUAUGGAAAACGCGGCAAAUACAAGGAGGCUGAGCCGUUGUGCAAACGUGCUCUCGAUAUCCGAGAAAAGGUUCUCGGUCGUGACCAUCCUGAUGUCGCGAAGCAGCUGAAUAACCUUGCCUUGCUUUGCCAGAAUCAGGGUAAAUACGAAGAAGUGGAGCGCUAUUACUUGCGAGCGCUGGAGAUCUACGAAGGCAAACUUGGACCGGACGAUCCUAAUGUCGCGAAGACGAAAAAUAAUUUGGCAUCGUGUUACUUGAAACAAGGAAAGUACAAGGAUGCGGAAGUUUUGUACAAACAAGUAUUGACCAGAGCACACGAGAAAGAGUUUGGUGCUAUUGCUGGUGAUAACAAACCAAUCUGGCAGGUUGCUGAAGAAAGAGAGGAGAAUAAACAUAGAAAUAAGGAGAAUGCUCCAUAUGGAGAAUAUGGUGGUUGGCACAAAGCUGCUAAAGUGGACUCACCUACAGUUACGACUACUCUAAAGAAUCUUGGUGCGUUAUAUCGAAGACAAGGAAAAUAUGAAGCGGCGGAAACUCUAGAAGAUUGCGCCCUUAGGUCACGAAAAGAGCAGACAUUGGAGUUCGUAAAGCAAGGGAAAGUCGCGCAAAUUUUAGGGGAAGAAAAAGGGUCGACGAGACGCGGUUCGCGAUCCAGUUUAGCCAACAGCGAACACGAGCAACACGACGAGGGCUCGCUGCCGCUGGUACAAAGGGCGCUACAUGAAGGACAGUCUGGCCACAACGACGCUAGUCCUAACAAACCCGGUUUUAAAAACAAGAUCUUCCAAGCUUUCGGGAUUCACUCUUCCACGUAGGAUAUUCUUCGUCUGUAGUAUUGCCUGUCGUUCGAUUUAUGCCCAGUCGCAUGGUGAUUUUCGGUGUAUACCGCAUCGAAAAGUCUAUACUUCUAGAGCGAGAAAGAAUUAUUUAAAGAAAGCGUACGAUUGUUCGGGAGAAGUUAUAUUUAGGUAUUCGUUUUUAAAUUCCACGAUAGUGUAAUCCAAAUACGCUGAGGAAUUUGCGAUCUUUUGGAAACUAUCUUAAACGAUUCCUCUUAAAUGCAAGCAUUUAUAGGAAUUUAUAGUAGUUUGGACGUAGGUAUGGGCCUUUGGCAAUUUUUUGGGCAUUUGAUAUACUGUUUUUUCUCGCAGCCAGAUAUCCCCAAUUGACAAUGACGACAGCACAUCAUAACUGCACAUUCUUUUAUUACAUUUACUAUACGAGUAUUUCUAUAAUCCUUCGAUGCUAUUUCCAUUUGUAACUCUUUUCUUAUCUGGGAAAGUAUCGCGUAGAAAAAGUAUACAGUCUUUUAUAAAUUACUUCCACUUGUAAGCUGUGAUAACGAUGCCCUUUCACUUCACGUUAAUUUCUCUGUGUGUUUUUUCGUCGUAUUCUGCCUUUUAAACAAAAAUAUCGAAGAUAUUUGUAUUCCGUAUUUUUUAAAGACAAGCGAAUCAAUUGAAGUUCGAUGGAUAGGUGCUUUUCUACAAAGCAUUUUAUUUUUAUCACAUCGCAUUAUUUAUCUAUAAUUAUUAUUAUUAACUGUUUUUACGCUUGUAUCAUACACAAUCGUAUAGAAAGCAAUUAGAAUAAAUCAAUAAGCUUCCAGAGACAAUUAUUUUAAUAGUGAAACUACACGAAUCGGCCGUUUCACGUGUUAGUCUUGGCUGAGAUAGGAUAAUAAGAAAAGUAACAUUGUUUUAUGUUCGAGCUAUUUUAUCAUGUAAGCCAGAACACCGUGAAACUACGCACACGGAUUACAAGUAGUCAAUUCUAGCAGCGGCUUUUGCUUAACUAUAUAGUUCAGUAUAGAUUUGCAAAGGUGACAAUUUCACGAUGAUCAAUGUGUAGAGAAAAUUAAUAAUAAUCAAUCUAACGAUUUGCAGUUCAACGUGCGAAGAAUUAUUUUUUGUAACAGGUUGUUCUUGCGAUAUUCUCGUAUACGUACUCUGUUCUUAAUUUUUAAUACCAGAAAAAAGUCUUCUUCAAGCCUCAGAUGACUCGUGUCAAUAGUUUACAUUCAUUUUUCACUUAUUAUAAUUAACACGAAUUUUAUAUUUUUCUCGUUUUAUUAUAUAACGAAGAGGAAUUCUUCAUCUUGCUUAGGAUUACACUUGACUGUAUCCUAUAGUUUUAACACGAUGUGAGGUGUCUCGAAGUUUCCCCAUAAGUGUUUUAAUAUUUUUCUUCUUCGGAAAGUAUUCGUUGUAUACACUACAUAUUUACGUAUAUACGUAUGCUAUUAUUUUCAAACUAUCCUCAUUUAUGUAACAAAUGACGACUAUAUUUUAAAAAGAAGAUCUCAAGAGCCUGCGUUUCUUAUUCUCGUUCGGGGCACCUUGUAUCAUCCCUCACUGUUUUUUAAAUUAAUCUCCAACUACAUUUCUAGACUUCGAACUUUCUAUUCAAAAAGGAAAGAAGGAUAAACGAAUAAAGAUAUCCUAUUAUUAUUCGACCAUAUGGUACAAUGUUUCUGAACUCGUGAUUAAUUAUUACGAAAGCUGGAUUAUUUAAUAUAAGUAGUGCCUUGAGACUUUAACGAGCGAGCGAAUAAAUUAUUUUUUAACUGAACAUGGUUGUUACUCGACUAUAUAUGGGUUUGUCGUGUAUCAUGGGGUAUAUCCUUAUCAUAUUCUGUGUCUGUGUUCCUUUUUCUUUAUUUGUCAUAUAACCAAAUCAUGUAGGAACCUUUGUAUGAAACCAAGAAUGCGUAUGUAACAGGUUUGCAUUAUUAAUUCUCCUCGCACGCCAUUUGUGUUUCUUAACCAUCAUUGUUAUCAGUCGUUUUUUCGAUAUUUGCGUUGUCGUUUUGUUUCGCUUUGAUUUGAGUACUCUGCGGGCCGGGACUUAGAUAAAAGGAUGUCACUCUGGAGUACGAUUUCGUCUGGACAGCAAAAUACCGGGGCGAAACUAGACCGGGUUUCUGUAGCAGGAACGGAAGUAUUACGUUCGUGCGCAGUAAAGGAAUACCACAUAAGAGAGCUAUACGCGAAACGAUAACGCCAGGAUGAUAAAAGGGCUCUGCAUUGUUUAGUUGAAACAUUGACUGAUGUCCAUUCUAUCUGAAUCGUUUAACGUAUAACAGCACAUUCCAGCUGCUUUUCUCGAUCAAUCAGACGCACCGUAAAAAAGAAGUACUUCAUGUUGCUGUUCGUGCUCGACACACGGGACGAAUUAUUAUGGCUUUGUGCUAGCGACUGAUCGUUUUGGAAUAGAAAAAGGAAAGGAAAGAAACACAAUGUCUGCAAGGCGAAUUGGUCUAUCUUGCUUUGAACGUGCAUCUGAAUCAAAAUUCGAAUUCAAGUUAAUCAUAUUUCUUUGCGUUCUAUGUCUUUUCACUCGAAUAACAGAAGAGAUUCGUUGCUACAAACUUACAUUGACCUAACGGAAAGAAAUAAAUACCGCGAUGUAUUCAAUUCUUUUCUCGUAUUGUACAGAAAAAGCGACGGACAGUUUUCUUCUCUUAGACACUAUACGUCCAUACUUGCAUCUACAUGCAUCUAAUCAGGCCGUACACCCGUAUACAUAUCCCUUUCGUUAAUUACUAUUAUCAUAUUCGAAGUAACAUGACAACGUGUAAUCAUUCCACGAGCUCUAGCUUUUUUCGAUCGACGCUCGGAUAAAAUCCGAAGAAAAAGUGCAGUCACAUUUAAACAUAGGGGGAACAUUUGUAUGUCGCUUAGCAUUAUUGAAUGUAUUCUUACACACACAGAGACACACAUACACCGUGCACGUUAGAAUAAUGCGAGUAUAUUCAUCGUCAUAUUAAUGAUUGUAACAAGAUAGAAGGGGGAGAACCGCGCUUCUUUCCCUUUCGUUUCUGUCUCAGAGUUCAGUUAUGCAGAUGCUAACGUGUAAACAGUAUAGAGGAAAGAGCCAAUCUGACUGGCGACGUUUGAUUUCUCUAUCCUAUUUAUAAUUGUACACUUAAGUACUUACGUAUUCGCAGAUAUUUAAUUUAUUCUCUAUGCGUUCGAUAUGAUAUGUUGUAUUAUAAGAUCGUGAUUAUUUAAAUUAUUUCGAAGAGGAAGAAACGCGGGAAAUUUUAUUAUUGUUCUUAUUUUUACUUGGAGCCAUUUUUAUUGGGACGAGGAUAUCUUUUUAGCAAAAUUUACGUAUCGCCCUGAACAUCGUGUUAUUGGUUUCAAAAGUCAAGAAUCGUAUAUUGUAACCGGCUGUGAAUUAAAAACCGAGUCUGAAAUAUCCUUUGAUCGAUGAGCAGUCACGACGACGUAGAAUGAUGAUCGUUUGAAUUAGUCGAGUCCUUACGGUAGAUAUAAGCUUUAUUCGAGUUAAGAACCUCACGUUUUUGUUUAGCGUUGCCAUUUCGUACAGAUUUCACACAACAUGUAUCGCUUAACUCUUUCAUUACAAAACCAGUUGCUAUGAUGACUGAUUACUGUAUGUAUUCAGUCGCAAUGGUGAUUAUAGUUUACUCUAUAGUCACACGGCGAACAGAAUUAUAUUAACAAGCAUGGAAAUCAUUGUCGCGAAUAUUUAACAAUUAAUCUAUGUUGUACAGAGUAAUUAUAGUUGCUUUGGAAUGCAACUAUAAUUAUACUUAUAUAGAAAUAUUACGGAAGGAAGUAGCGAAUGUAAUCUAUUAUGAGAUAUUUUCAUCAAUGCAUGAUGACAACGAAUGAUGGUAUAUAUAUAUAUAUCUAUAUACACAUAUAGUAAUGAAUUAUUACUAUAUUAUUAUAAUACUUGUUGUAUCACAGUAACGUAUCCAAUUGAAGAAAAAGAGCAACUUUUACACAGUGGCUAUUUGCUUGUUAAACACACUUUCAAAUCUGCUUGUUAUAAACUCUCUUCGCAUGUGUAAAGAUGUUGAAUAAUUAAGAAAGAGUUAUAAAAAAGAAAAAAAGAAGAAUCUUUCGAAAUAGAAAAAGAAAUUUGCUUUAUCGCAAGAUCUUUAUAACGUGAGUUCCAUUGGACUGGCCUAGUUCAAAAGAUUCAGGAUUACACUCCGAAUAUCUGGUGUAUAGGAAUCAUUUACAGUCGUAGCGACGAUACGAUGGUUUUUCGUUUUUCGAAUUCAUGCAAUUUUCCGGUGACAAAGCGAGAUUUCAUUUUUUUAUUCGAGACUGCGGAAUACAACCUCGGUGUUUAGUCCUGCGUUCAUCGAUGAUGAUUCUUAGUCGUUUUUUAAAUAAUCAUUAUUUCCUAUUUAUCGUUAAUUUCACUUCAUUCUCGUAGUACAUCGUUUUUCAUUUGAUUUUCAUGUGUGCUCUUCUCAUUAUCCCGGAAAAAAACAUGCAUUUAAUGAUAUACGCUGUCACAUUAUGCGCCUGAGAGCUUGAAGGCCUAGAAUUAGUAGUUUUUAUUCUGCUUUGGGUUUUAUUUUUCACCUUUUCACAAUUCGUUCUUAACGUAGACAAUUCUGCCCGCUUCUAUGUAUUUUAACUAGCAUGUAGUGUAUUCAAGACACAAUCUUUUUUACGAUUCACCAGCUGGGUUUUAACGGUACUUUUAAGUGCAAUCUAAGUGCAAUCGAAUUAAAAUUGUUUCUAUAUGUUUAAUACAGAAACUGGCACUAUAUAUUUAUAUAUUUGGCUUAAUUUUUAUCCUCUAGUUAAACUUGAUGCAAUUAUUUGUAUGAAGUGUAUGAAGGUCAAUGUUUAACUAUUGGUUAAAUUAGGUGAGAUUUUCAAAUAAUUUUGAUUUUUAAAAUAUUUUUUUGUUAAAUCUUGUUUGAUAUUCAUUUGUAAUAUAUGUUCAGUUUUUGGUAAGCGGUAAAAGACAGCUGUAAUUUUUAAUCGCUUAAAUCUACGAUUUUAUUAUUUAUUAGAUAUUUUAGUAAGUUUUAUUUUGGCAUAGAAGGGAACACUGUUUUAUUUUUAUCUUAAGAAAAUUUACCUUCUGUCUCGAGUUUUACGUGGACCGUAGAUCAACGUCGAUCGAUCUACUUCUUCAUAGUCGAGAAAUAGAUGUGAUACAAUAUUAGGAAUAAGGUUUUUAGUCUUCACUUAUUGUCGGAAGUAGUCGCUUUAUUCUAUAAAUUGUUUAAGGUAUUGCAGCUCUCAGGUGCAAGUACUGUUAUUUAAAUAAUGUAAGUUUUGAUUUAUAAUAAAUAUUUCCACUUGUAAUCCUUGUUCAUGUGCCUCCUUCGCGUGGAAAACAUCCGACUAUUUCUUAUCGUAACAAGAAUUUCAAAAGAUAUGCAUUUUUAAGCAACAUUGUAUUCGUGUUUUCGAAUUUUAUUAAAAUUUCGUUGCUAACAAAGGCUAAUUUAUUUUCUUUGAUUAUGUAUCUUUUAAUCUUCAUUCCCCUCCUUGCGUAAUUUUUUUGCGAUAUUCUGCUUGCCCAACCAUCCUAAUUUUGUAUUAAUCGUCAAGAAUGAUUAAUAAUUAAAUAUGAGCGAAUUAUAUAUUUUACGAACAAAAUUUAUUAUUGUUUUAUUAUAAUAUGUUUAUAGUCAUAUAUAAUUAUUUAUUAUAAUUUGUUUUACGUAAAUAACUUUUACGAAUAAAAUUAUAAUAUCAAAUUCUUCAUUCGCUCGUAUCUAAUUAUCAUUAGUCAUUCCUUGUAAUUAAUUGCAAAAGUAGGAAAGUAAAAUGAGUUUCUAUUAAAAUUUUACUAUGAAGUUCUUCAUCCUCUAUUUUAUUGAUCUAAUGAUACGUGCUUCAUUGAUUUUAGUAGAACUCCAGGCCUAGAUCACGCGUAGGUAACAUCGCCACGUCACACGUUGUAGUAAUAUCACAAGUUGAUAAGAUUGAUCGGUUAUUUAUAACAUUACAACAGUAGCUAUAAAUACCGACAGUCUGUUCACCGAUAAUAUUUCGUCCGUCAUCUUGAUUGCCAGACGGCACAAAUGCGCGCUCUUAUAAUACAAAAAAAAAAAAAAAAAGGAAAA